CUGCCUACGGCUGAUUCGAUAAACAUUAAACACCCGUCGGCCAUGGCCCGUUUCCCUUUACCCCUUACCACCACAAGUCACAACACCCGCGUCUACACGUGUUCGGCGCGGACGUCGGCCGACGGUGUUUCGUAGUAUGUUCAUAUGAAAAAAAAAAAGAUUCGAUAAUAAUUCGUUCCCUUUCACAGUUUCACCUUAUAGUUUGGUAUUGCGGCUCGGCGAGCGUUCUCAGAUCGAAACUUUGUUGUAAUAGCUUAUCACCGAAGUCGCACGUACUCACUGCUCGACGGCGCUGUGCGUGCGGUUUACCCUCCUAACAAUUAUUAGUCUUCUCAAAACUGAAAACAUUAAACACUAAGCAGUCUAUAAUCUCUUUUCUGUGCAGUAAGCCAGUAUUCUGUAAGCUGUAAACAGUUGCAACACUACAGUACAAUUAAAGUGUGUGCUUCCCAAAAUCUUGUUUUCUGUUUACUUUGUAACGUGCCCGCUGAAGGUCAACUUUCCAAACGUUCUCUGCUUAGUAAGUUGUUCGUUAAUCGUUAAUAUAAAUUGUUUCAACUGUUUUCUAUACGAAAAUGGCCAAAACAUUAUCUUGUAAAAUUGGUCCAUCUAUUUUGAAUGCUGAUUUAUCGCAGUUGUAUAAUGAAUCUCAGAAGUUGAUAGAUAGUGGAGCAGAUUAUUUACAUUUGGAUGUUAUGGACGGAACUUUUGUUCCUAAUCUAACUUUUGGACAUCCAGUUGUGAAAUGUCUAAGGACUAAAUUACCCAACACUGUGUUUGAAACACACAUGAUGGUUCAAAAUCCACUUCAAUGGAUUUCUGCUAUGGCUGAUGCUAACGUAGAUCAAUACACAUUUCACAUUGAGCCAUGUGAUGAUAUUCCUUUAGUAUGCCGAAAAAUCAAAGAAGCUGGCAUGAAAGUAGGCUUAGCAAUAAAACCUGGCACUCCGGUUACAUGUGUUGAAGAAUAUAUAGAUAUGGCUGAUAUGAUUUUAGUGAUGACGGUUGAACCUGGAUUUGGUGGUCAGAAAUUUAUGACAGACAUGAUGCCAAAAAUAGAAAUGUUGAGAGAAAAAUAUCCCACAAUGGACAUUGAAGUUGAUGGAGGUAUUGGUCCAAAUAACAUUGAUGUUUGUGCUAAGGCAGGAGCAAAUAUGAUUGUGUCAGGAACCGCAGUGAUUCAAGCUAAAAAUCCACCUCAAGUUAUUCAACUUCUUAAAGAUUCUGUUAAUAAACAUUUAAAUAUAAAAUCAAAUUGAUAAUUUUA